UUUUUGUAAAAUUCUUAGUAAUGGCAGCCCCAUAACCUGACGCUGUCAAGUCAACGAACUGAUGAACUUGGCGGUUUCACUAUUUCACUAAUAGUUAAGAUAAAAAGCCUAAAAAUGCCUCCCAAGAAGCGAGAUAAAGACAAUGAAGCUAACAAAAACUCCAAAAUUGAUCAUUUACAAGCUGACCAUGAAUUGUUUUUACAAGCGUUUGAAAAGCCUACUCAAAUAUAUAGAUUUCUACGGACUCGUAAUAUGCUUUCGCCUAUAUUCUUGAAUAGAACGUUGUCAUAUAUGAAAAGGAGAAUGUCUAGAAGUAAUAAAAGUCGAGUGGGCUUUAAAGUGGACUGUUUGUUGGAGAAAAUAACAUUGAAGAAAAGUACAGAACUACAGCCAAACAGUCUUGGAGGUUACAUGACACUGACUUUCUUGGGGUUCUAUGACAAGAGCUUGGAUGAUCCCAGGGACUACCAGGUCAAAGUAGAGACACUGCUCCUGAAGAUAUGCCAUAAAAAGAGGAAAGAAAGUUCUUCAGCUAUUGUGGAAGUGUCUGUUGGUAGUUGCUCUGUACCACUAAACCCAUCAUCUUCCGAGCCGCCGGCCAUGGCAUCUGCAGUCAGCAUCUCCAGUGACACAUUCAGCCCAUCGCAGGGGCCAAAUGUCAAGUCCUACAUGCUAAUGUUACGAGUAACUGUCACCAGAGCCUCGGGCUCCAGCACGUCAAAUGGUGCGGCUAGUUCUAGUGAAAUUACAAAUGGUGACUGUGAUGAGCCGGUAACAAAACGUUUAAAAUCGUCGUCGGAUCUCAACUCUUCAAGCGACGGUAAAUGGACAAAGUUCUAUGGCAGCGAGUUGAUAGUGUAUGACAAGCACAACCGCUGCUUACUGACUAACGGCGAGUACGACCUGGUGCUGCACGACGCCUCGCCGGGAGGCCGGAGCGCGACCAUCGCCAGGUCGCCGCACAAGGCACUCAUGGCGCAGUGGGAAACUAUACCUAAUGAAAAUGAUCUCCACACAGACGCGAAUCCAUUUGACAUAUUUAAAGUUAGACCUCUAUUGAAACUGAAGCUCAGUUGGAGUCAAGAGCCCACCAAUGGUCUUGUGAACAGACCUAAGCUUUACCAACACACCGAAAAUGGGAAGAAGGAAUCUACCAGCAAAGACCGCCAGUCCACAUCAAAAUCUAGUAACAAUGACAGUAAAAAUGGCGACAAAUCAAAAUCAGAGCUUAAUGAAGGCGAAUCGAAACGGCAGCAGAUCAUAUACCAGUUUCUGUACAACAACAACUCCAGACAGCAGACGGAGGCGUGUGACGACCUGCACUGUCCGUGGUGCUCGCUGGACUGCGGGACGCUGUACUCACUGCUCAAACAUCUCAAGCUCUGCCACUCGCGGUUCAACUUCACAUAUUUCCCUAUUCCGGGCGGUGCGCGUAUCGAUGUAUCGAUCAACGAGCUUUACGACGGGUCAUACACGGGCUCCCCGCACGACCUCAUAGCGGCGCAGGGCCGCGCCGGACACGCGCUGGGCGCGGGCGGGGCCGGGGCCGCGCCGGGGCCCGCGGGGGCCGGGGCCGGGGCGGGGCCGCGCGCGGGGCCCACCCGGCGCACGUCCCUCACGCACGUGCUGGUGUGGCGCGCGCGCGCCCGCCGCCGCCCCACACGACACAGCCUCGCCGAGUUCCUCGAACUGGAUGACGCCGACCUCGUCGAUGCGCAGCGACCAUACCUAACCGGACACAACAGAUUAUACCACCACACGAUAACGUGCCUACCCGUGUACCCGAACGAGCUGGACAUCGACUCGGAGAGCGAGACGGACCCGCUGUGGCUACAACAGAAGACGAUGAUGAUGAUCGACGAGUUCACCGACGUCAAUGAAGGCGAGAAGGAACUCAUGAAGAUGUGGAACCUGCACGUCAUGAAGUACAACUACGUCGGCGACUGUCAGAUCCCCAUCGCUUGCCAAAUGUUCCUCCAGAUGAGAGGCAAGGAGCUGCUCGAGAAGAACCUGUACAGGAACUUCGUGUUGCACAUGUGUUCGCUGCACGACUUCGGGCUGCUGAGCCCGGUCGCGCUCUACCAGACCAUCCAAAUGCUCAACCAAAUGCUGGCCGACAGCGCCGAAGCCAAAGAGAAGAUGCGCGAGUCGCUGCGGGCCCAGCGCGAGCACUGGCACGCCGUGGGCAAGUACCAGCAGCCCGCGCUCAGCGACCAGAAGCCGCCGCCCGCCGCCGCCAAGCUGGGCGCCGACGCGUCGCCCGCCGUGCGCCGCAAGACGUCCAGCCUGCAGAACGCCAACCGCAUGGACGCGCUCGACUCCAAGCGCAAGCUGCCCGCGCCCGCAAUGCACAGCCGCAAGCGCUCCUCGCUCUCCGACCGCAAGAGCUCCGUCUAGCAACGCAUACAUACGUAUCGGUAGAACAAAACGAGCUGUUUCUCGUGUUAUCAAUCAUUUGAACUUGGACGCCAUAUCAAAAGAAAGUCGUCAUUUUAAUAAUAAAAAAUUUACGUCUCGUGAAUAGGUAAUUACAAUUUUGUUACUGCCCGUUAAUUCUAAUGUGUUAGUUAUAAGUUAUUGAUGUCCAUAAAAUGGAUGACGAUAGUAAGUUACUAAAUUAUGACGUACGAUAAUUUCCCUUUUGUUCUUAUGUCAGAUCUCGCGAGGUCGCGCCGCUCAUGCUGGCGCGCUAGUUGUUGAAUAUCUCGUUUCGAUCUGGAUUAAUCAUUUGAAGCAUAGCAAUAACAUUAUAACAGUAACGUAGGAACCGUUUUUCCUUUGACUGAAAGCACGCUAUGAGAACCUUGCCACAGUAUUUUAGUUUGUAUAAAUUAUAGGUAAUUACAUUUUGACUUAGAAUUGCACUGCUAGAAUUCGUACUGCUAGUGGCCUAGAAUUCGUUGAAUAUUGAAGAGCGAUUAGACAUUGUCAGGCCUAACCAACAACCUAACAGAAAAUAACGACUAAAAGAAUGAAGUAAUGUCGCUAGUGCUUGCAGCGAGCUUUCACGCAAUAACAUAUCCUGGCUGUUCCUUUGGUCACGUCGACAUCUUUUUACAGCUCAACAGAGGUUACUAAUUUGCGCGGGAGAUACUUGAGUCAACUAGAAUAUGUGCAAUUAUGACACGUCCACAGAGAGAACAGUAUAUAGGAAGUACAGUAUUUCUGACUUUAUGUGAACAAAGAUCAUUCAAUCUUGUUCUUCUCACAAGAUUGUUUAAUUAUAGGUGAAGAAUCCCCCUUAACAUAAGCUAAGUACUAAACGCGACAAUAGAUACCCAUCCCAGUUUGCAGACGUGCCUUCCUCUUCAAAAGAAGUGUUUAGAUCAAUGUAUUUUGCAACAGCUCGUUAACUUUUAAGGCUUUUCUUACUAGAUAACAUCACCUGACUGAUCAAUAAAUACAAAAUCACAACAAUUUGUUGAAUAUGUCUAGCAUAAUUAUUUAAUUAGGAAAUAAUAUUAAAUUUGAAUGUUGAAAUCUUAGGUAAAAGAAGAAUAUUGUUUGAAGUGUUUUAUUCGGCAUGAAUUACUACAAAAGACUGCAGGGUUGCAAUGCCUUAUAUACUUCGUCUCAAUUUACUACCCACACAAGUAAUCUAAUCAUCAGAGUGUUCACAAUAAACCCAAUUAUCAUCUUAAUCAAUGAACACCGUUUUUUACUCUUAACUUAAAUCAUACUUCCUUUCUAGACUGUUACAAAUAGUAAUAUAAUUAUACAAUAAACACUCAAUAUUUUUACAUUAUAGUUAUGUUAUCAUAAUUCCAUUUUGCAGUGCUGAUUUAAAUGACACUAUUUUGUUAUUUUUAUAUUAUUCCAUUCUGAUUAUAUAUUCAGUAAAUUGUACUUAUGAUGAAAUGAAAUAUACCAA